AGCGGAAGGGGAUCGCAAGCGUGGCGGGCGCAGGGUUCACGCUCCGGGGGCGGGGCUUAACCUGAAGACCCCGCCCCUCACGAAAGAAUUCUCCCGGGAGAGGCGGUCGAAGAAUCAGUGACCAUGACCGAAGCGGGAGAGGGACAGGAUACAGCGACCCCCUUUUGGCCGGCCUGUCCCGGGACCCUUACUACUCGCUGUCCUGCUGCUCCUGCCCUCGUUCGCCCUCCGCUGGGUGUUCCGCUGAGAACAGGACAUGUGACAAACAAGGCUUUGGACUGCACGACUCACUGGCCCAGGACCCCAGAGCCAGAGGCCGGGGCAGCCACUUGCUCGGAGCGCGGUGUGAGCAGCAAGGACCAGAAGCCGGAGCGGGGCUCUGAGUUGCAGGCGCAGGAGGCUGCCCCCUUUGCCAACCUGGACCUGAAGACGGAGUCUCAUCAGGACCACGACCUCCUGAAGUGGGACUGCAGCUUAGCCAAGAAAACCUCAGAGACCAGCUGUCCCACCGUCAAAGCCAAGUCCACCGCGAUGAUUCCCGACUCUCAGAAGCUCCUGCGGCGCGAACUGGAGUCAGUCAAGAGCCAGCUACAAGCCCAGACCAAGGCCUUCGAGUUCCUGAACCACUCGGUGACCAUGCUGGAGAAGGAGAGCUGCCUGCAGCAGAUCAAGAUCCAGCAGCUGGAAGAGGUGUUGAACCCCGUGGGCCGCCAGGGAGAGAAGGACGGGCGCAAAUGGGGCACCGAGCAAGGCCGGCAGGAGCUGUACGGGACCCUGGCCCGAGGCCUUCGGGUGCUGCAGAGGACCGUGCGCGAAAGCGAGGAGCUGCAGCGGUCGCGCACCACCCGCUGCCUGCAGCUGCUGGCCCAGGAGAUCCGGGACAGCAAGAAGUUCCUGUGGGAGGAGCUGGAGCUGGUGCGGGAGGAGGUGACCUUCAUGUACCAGAAGCUCCAGGCGCAGGAGAGCGAGAUCGCAGAGAACCUCUCGAACAUCCAGAAGGUGCAGAGGACACAGGUGAAGUGUCGCAAGCCCCAGGUCCUGACGAAGAUGAAGCAACAGCAGGGAUAUGAGCCGCCUUCCUGUCCCGAGGCUGAGGAGGCACUGCCGGGAAGCGAUGCCUGGAAGGAUGACCUCCAGAAAGAGCUGAGUGACAUAUGGUCCGCUGUCCAUGGGCUGCAGAAUUCCAUUGAUGGCCUUACCACGUCCUCAGAGGCUCCCCGCAGGGCCUCCAGCCUCAGGGGCAACAGGGGACACCGGUGCCUGAGCCCUGCGCUCCCUUCCUGGGUCUCAGAAUCCCACUGGGAUCCGCCGCCUUCCAGCAAGAGCCGACCCUUCCCUUUCGUUUGAGCAGCCGGGGACUGCUCGUCCUGAAGACCCCCCCCCCCAGAGAGAAAAUAAACUAGCCAGACCCUCCUCGCCGGACUCCUGCUCCUGCUGCUUCCUGUGCUAGGACACCCCACACCCCAAGUUACUCAGGGUCAGGGAAGGUGCAGAGACCCCGGAGACUGUGCUGGUCGGGAGACAGGAUGAGGCCACAUUCAGGAGUGACAAGGUGGAGUCCAGACAGGGCUGGUCGGACAGGCUUUCCCACCCCGGUCCCACAGCUUUCCUACCUGC